AUGCACGCCCGCGCCGGCGAGCAAGCCCGGCGCGGGGCCGUGGGAUCUGCUGCGCCGCCGGCUGUGCCGGGCGGCCGUCGUGUCUUGCGCGGACCGUCCUGGGCGGUCCCUAUAGGCCGCGGUGACGGUCGGGUGUCGCUCACCACCUCGUUGCUUCCCGGUUCGGGCGCGACCUUCGAUCAGCUGAAGCAGGCGUUCCACGCGGUGGGGCUGUCGGCCAAGGACCUCGUCGUGCUCUCCGGCGGGCACACGCUGGGGUUCGCGCACUGCUCCUCCUUCGAGACCCGCAUCCGCGGCUUCCCGGGCGGCAGCGGCGGCGCCGGCGUGGCGGACCCGGCGCUGCGGCCGUCGUUCGCGGCGGCGCUGCGGAGGGCGUGCCCAGCGAACAACACGGCGAAGGGCGCCGGGGCGUGGAUGGACCCGACGUCGGCGGCGUUCGACAACGCCUACUUCAAGAUGCUGCAGACCGGGCGCGGGCUGCUGGCGUCCGACGAGGCGCUGCUGACGCACCCCAAGACGCGGCGGAUGGUGGCGCUCUACGCGGCGUCGCAGGGCAAGUUCUUCGAGGCGUUCGUCAGCUCCAUGCUCAGGAUGAGCGCGCAGAACCAGCCCGGCGAGAUCAGAGCCAACUGCAGGCGACACAACUAG